GACUCGCGUUCUCUCUCUGCUCGCUCUCUCAACACUCCUCUCCCCGCGCUCUCUCUCUCGGAUCUGCAUUGCACACCAAAUGUCUUUUGAUCUCAGCAAGAAAGUUACAUCAUUUCUACGGUGUGCUUUUGGAUUUAUGAGCCGGGGGAGGCUGUGGUGUUCGCGCAAUUUCUUAUUUCGGCACUGGACUUGACAACUUUUUGUGUUGAGUCAGUUUCUUCUAAUUUGUAUUUGUUAAUUUAGUAUUUACACAUUGGCUAUUUGAUUGAUCGAGCAAAAGGAAAAAAGAAAAUUAGUUCAUCAAUAUCUUACCUGCUAGUUAAGAAAUUAAGAAACAAGAUCUACAAAAAUACAUUAUUCACGACUUGUGAACAAUUAUUGGAAGUUAUUGCAUAGUGAGACUCCCUUUUGAAUUUCACUAUGGGGAAGACAUCACUGCCUCCGGGAUUUCGGUUUCAUCCCACUGAUGUUGAACUUGUCAUGUACUAUUUGAAGAGGAAAGUAAUGGGUAGGAAAUUCGAUUUUGAUGCUAUUGCUGAGGUUGAUAUAUACAAGUGCGCUCCAUGGGAUCUUCCAGCAAAAUCUAAUUUGAGAACUGGGGACUUGAAAUGGUAUUUCCUUUGCCCACGAGAAAAGAAAUAUGGUAGUGGAGCUAGAGUAAAUCGUGCUACUGAGUUUGGAUUUUGGAAGAUCACAGGAAAGGAUAGAACUGUUUAUUACAAUAAUGAAACUGUUGGAAAGAUAAAGACUCUGGUUUUCCAUAGGGGUAAAGCUCCAAAAGGUGACCGAACAGAUUGGGUUAUACAUGAGUAUAGAAUUGAGCAGAAGGAUCUGGCAAAUAGAGGUGUUGUUCAGGAUUCGUAUGUGCUCUGUAAAGUUUUCCAGAAGGAUGGUCCUGGCCCAAGAAAUGGUGCUCAAUAUGGAGCGCCAUUUAAAGAGGAAGACUGGGAUGAUGACGAGGAUGUCAGUUGUAUGGGAUUAGUGUCUGAAGGUGUCCAUUCUAUUCCAGUGCCUAACCUAAUCAGUCCUGUGGCUGCUAGCUCAUCAUGUCUUUCAGAUGCUAUCCCACCUGCUAAUAAUGUGCCUUCACCUCCUCCUGAAAAUAAUGGUGUACCUAGUGAGGUUGCUACUGUUUUCCCUGAGGAUGACAUUGUUUCAAUGUUAGCGAUGUUCAGGGAAGAUAGCUCUUUGUUUCCAAAUGAAAAUGGUGAAAAUGAGAAUCUUGGUCACCAGCCUAAUGAGAUCAUUGAAGCUUUGCCCCCUUCGGAUGUCAUUGAUAUUUACAGUGGCUUGGGAGAUUUGGACAACAUUGAUAGACUUAGUGAAGGUGCAUGUGACUUCUCCUCCAGUUACAAUGAAUAUGGUUACCUGAAUCAAAGCUUCCUGGGUGAUAAUACUCCAUUUUUGGAGCUGCAUGAUCUUGAUGUCCCAUUGGAUAGCCCUGCUGAAGCUGUGGGAUAUCUGAACCCAUCCACACUAAUGAAUUGUACAGUAACCAGAACUGCUAUAAUGCUGGGCAGUCAUCCCUCACAGUAAAUCCUGGGUCAAGUCAGUGUCCGUUCACGCUGCCAGAUGACUUCAUGGCUUGAGGACCUAUAGGCUGCAUUUCUGAAGAGUUAAUAAGUGGUGGAUCUAACAUUAUCCUUGGUGAAAUUUCUGAUGGUAGCACCGAUGUCGUUGUUGAAUUUCAUACAAGACGGUGUGGUAUGCUGAUUUAUGUAUUCUCUUGAGACUAGUUUCUCUCAUGCAUAUUUACUUUACGGAUUCUUGCACCAAUAAAUGUUAAGCUGCUCCUUGGCCCUGUGAUUUUAUGAUUUAAGUCAGCAAAUGGACUCCAGUUUGUUGCUGCAGUCGUUGGCUCAUUGUUGUAUAUUGUUGCUUUAGGGCUUUGUAUGCUCAUGUUCUUUUUGUCGCUUGACAUAUUUCAUACAGGAGAGCAAUAUAGGAACACUUUAGCUUAUCUGUUCUGCAAUGUUUUUGCUUCAGUUGCAAAGGCACCUGGCUCCUCUUCUCGCGGAGCAAAAGACCUAAAUACUUCUCUUAUGCUCAUUUGGUUCCUCCAUUGAUGUCAAGGCUGAGGUGACUUGAGGAGUUGUGGAUGCACCAACAUGCUUUGACACAAUUUUUGGGGGUUUCCAUGCUUUAUGGACCCAACCUGCCUGGGAGAGAACUGGGAAUGGGAUGAGCUAUUUGCAGCAACAAGUUAAUCUUUGCCCCCUUCAGAUUCUGCUAAAUUUUCAUUGUAACUUUGAUGGAGUUUGUGUUAUUGAAUUGAAUGAGAAUUUCAGAUUCGGUUUCGCCUGUUGAAAUAUUUAUCUGAUUCUCCCCUGAUGAAGAUGAAAUGGUGGCAUGUUUUCCCAUUUUGAUCUUCAUACCUAAAAAGAGUGAAAUGGGUGAUUAUUAUGUUGAAUGCUAUAUUUACUUAAGUUGAUCCACUUUUGCAA